GAUAGUCUUCUUCAGGACGAUCGCUUUGAGGAAGAGAAGUUAAUGUCAGAGAAUACAACCCCAUACCCUGAAUUACAAAAAGAGUCAAUGCCUCAGAUCGAUGAUUAUGAAAACUAUGCUAGAAAGCAGGAUGAUUAUAAAUCAGCUUCGAUUAGCCAGGUGCCUUCCGAUGAAGAACUUGGCGUAUCUGAACAAGAAAGCAUUGUCCAAUGUGGUGGAUGCCAAAACCUAUUAAAAUUCCCUAAAUCAGCCUUCAUAGUAAACUGUCCUAUCUGCAACACAAACACAGUAGCUGAAAGCUUAAAAUAAGGACAAAAACACCCUAUGCAUGCAAUGUGGGGCAUGCACUGCUUUUCUCUUAAUCCCUCGGAACUGUAGUUUAAUCGCUUGAGACUGAGGUGCUGUAAACCAGGUGCCUUCAGGCUUCUAAGUUCAUGAAGUGUUAAUCUCCCUAAAUGGAAGGUCUAAAUCCCAAAAUCAUAUUACAAUUUCACCUGAAAUAAUUCUUCUAAGAAGUUAUUAUUCUUAGUUCAAUAUUUUU